AUGGAAUCUAGACUAGGCUGGUUGACCAACUUACAAACCGACACCGGUGCCAACUUGAGAAGAACAUCCAUCAUUGGUACGAUUGGUCCAAAGACCAACAGCCCAGAGGUUUUGGUUGCUUUGAGAAAGGCUGGUUUGAACAUUGUGCGUAUGAACUUCUCGCACGGUUCUUACGAAUACCACCAAUCUGUCAUUGACAACGCCAGAAAAUCCGAGGAAUUGUACCCUGGUAGACCAUUGGCCAUCGCUUUGGACACCAAGGGUCCAGAAAUUAGAACUGGUACCACCACCAACGAGGUCGACUACCCAAUCCCUCCAAACCACGAAAUGAUCUUCACCACCGACGACAAGUACGCCAAGAGCUCCGACGACAAGAUCAUGUACAUUGACUACAAGAACAUCACCUCCGUCAUCGAGAAGGGUAGAGUCAUCUACGUUGAUGACGGUGUUUUGUCUUUCGAAGUCUUGGAAGUUGUUGACGGUAAGACUUUGAAGGUCAAGUCCUUGAACGCUGGUAAGAUCUGCUCCCACAAGGGUGUCAACUUGCCAGGUACCGACGUCGAUCUACCAGCUUUGUCCGAUAAGGACAAGGCUGACUUGAGAUUCGGUGUCAAGAACGGUGUCCACAUGGUCUUCGCUUCUUUCAUCAGAACCGCUAACGAUGUUCUAACCAUCAGAGAAGUUUUGGGUGAGGAUGGCAAGGACGUCAAGAUCAUUGUCAAGAUUGAGAACCAACAAGGUGUCAACAACUUCGACGAGAUCUUGAAGGUCACUGACGGUGUCAUGGUUGCCAGAGGUGACUUGGGUAUCGAAAUCCCAGCCCCUCAAGUUUUCGCUGUCCAAAAGAAGUUGAUUGCUAAGUGUAACCUUGCUGGUAAGCCAGUUAUCUGUGCCACUCAAAUGUUGGAGUCCAUGACUUACAACCCAAGACCAACCAGAGCCGAAGUUUCCGAUGUCGGUAACGCCGUUCUUGACGGUGCUGACUGUGUCAUGUUGUCCGGUGAGACUGCCAAGGGUAACUACCCAAUUAACGCUGUCAAGAUGAUGGCUGAGACCGCUUUGAUUGCUGAACAAGCCAUCCCAUACAUCCCAACUUACGAUGACUUGAGAGACUGCACUUCUAAGCCAACCUCCACCACCGAAACCAUUGCUGCUGCUGCCGUCUCUUCUGUCUUUGAGCAGAAAGCUAAGGCUAUUAUCGUGUUGACCACCACCGGUAGCACCCCAAGAUUGGUUUCCAAGUACAAGCCAAACGUUCCAAUCGUUACUGUCACCAGAAACCCAAGAACCGCCAGAUUCUCUCACUUGUACAGAGGUGUGUUCCCAUUCGUCUACGAAAAGGGCACUGAAUCUGACUGGAUCAAGGACGUCGAAAGCCGUCUGCAAUUCGGUAUCGAAAGCGCUAAGGAGCUAGGAAUCUUGAAGAGCGGUGACACUAUUGUCACCAUCCAAGGUUUCGCCGCUGGUGUCGGCCACUCCAACACCUUGCGUGUCUUGACCGUUUAA